GUCUAGGGGUCCCCUUCGAUCCCCUUUUCAGAAGAAGAAUGUCCGGUUCAUUGUUGCUGAGAUCCGCAGGCCGCGUCGUUCGGCGAUCCUUCUCGCAAGCGCAAGACUCCUUCCAUCGGAGCCCCGUCCGUCUGCUCUCCGGGGGUGCUGGGAGGUUCCAACCCCCCAACGAGCAUUCUCCAUCAAAACCCAAAGUCGGACACAACGAGAGACUUGAGUCUGGAAGGAGGAUUUGUCGAGCUGCCGAGUACCACAAGGAUUUGGAUGAGUUUGCCUCGGAAGUGCGUGUUGUGCGGGAUAAAGUUCGUGCCUGGGAACAAAGAUGUAAAGAAUCUGAUAAAUGGCAUGAGCGACGAGAGGGAGUGUUAAUUUGUGCCACUGUUCUUUUCAUUGCGUUUUGUGUAUUUUCCUAAGGAGAAAUAUCCUUGGAGUAAAAUCCAUCAUUACCUCAACCUGCCGGCGGGGAUCAGUUCCAUGGACAUCAGGAAUGAAAUUUUAGGGUCAUGAAUACAACUCAUGGGCUUGAUGCCGAUGGUGCGGGGUAUCUGAUCAUGUUGCGAGAUGGGGGCCCACUGUCAGCCCCAAGUUGUGUUUUAUGGUGAAAUCUAUGCUGAAUUACUUUUGAAAGUUA